AUAGAUAAUAAAAUAAAAAGUGAAAAACAGUAACAGGAAGAGAGAGAGAGAGAGAGCCUCUCAAGUCUUUUUCUUAAAAUCGAACAAAAAUUGAAGAAGCAGAAGGAUUGUUUCUUCUUGAAUUUUAUCUUGAACGGCCCUUCUUUUCCCUCGUCUAUUUAAAAAUAAAAAAAUAUAAGGUUUCAAAUCUCUUAAACAGAAUUUCAAUUGCUCAAUCGGAUCUGAUAUUUCUACUCGCCAAAUCAACCAACCGUUUCUUUAAUGUUAUAAAUCUGGAAAAUAGAAUUAAUUAUAUAUAAAUAGGGUUGUUUGAUUUUUGGUUAGAAAAAGAGUCGUCAUGUUCUAUGGUGCAGAGGUAUGGGAUCCAUGGCUAAUAGCAGCCCAAAUCGUAUGCCUUCAGUGCCUUUACUACCUCACUCUUGGUUUCUUUUUAUCUUUUCUUGUUGGCACUCGCGUCUCUCGCUUGACUCUCGUUUAUUUCUUUGAUUUCGCCACUAUCACUACCUCUACUGUCACCGGUCGCUGUGUCAUUGCCUCCCUUCUCCCUUCCUCCUUUGCUGGAGCUAGGUAUAUGCUGUAUUUGAUAGAGAGGUCAAAGAAGUGCUUAGAUUUUUCAGCCACCCUCUUUAUCAUCCAUUUGUUUAUAUGCAUCAUAUAUGGAGGCUGGCCUUCCUCGAUAACAUGGUGGGUCGUUAAUGGUACUGGGUUUGCUGUGAUGGCCUUGCUUGGUAAAUAUUUGUGUAGCAAGCGUGAACUCCGAGAGAUUCCCAUUUCGCGAUAUCGAUCCAAUGUUUGACCAACAAGAGAAGUCAACAUGAAGAAAAGUUUUUUUUUCUGGGAGCACAAUGGUGCUUAUUCACAGCUUUCAAGGAGCUUCGGUAACCUGUGUGACGUUUGAGGGAUAUCAAUCUAGACUGUGAUGGUGAUAGUAAGGGAUAUAUAAUCAGUUAAAUUCUGUGCUGGUGGUGAUGAUGGAGAAUGACCAAAGAAAUUUGAAGAUGGUUCUCAAAUGACAUGAAGACGGAUCACAUGAGAGUGGGUACGCAUUGUAUCAGGAAACUCUUAAUUUACAGUUUUAGAUGGUUCUUGGAAAAGUUGAUGCUUGUUUUCUUCUAGUAUUGCUUUCUGGUAUAGCGUUGUAUUUUGAUAUGACAAAUGUUUGAGUUUCCAUGCAUGUCCAUGAACUAAAAGAAAUUUGUUGUAUCAUGAGACAUCUUUACACGCCCAGUAGGCCAAUAUCAUUGCACUGGAAUCACUGUAA